ACGCGCUUGCGCAACGGACGCGCCGCGCCGGGGAAGCUGUUGGGAGCCGGAAGCGGUUCCGGUCGGACCCCGGCGCGCGCGCGCGCCCGGCGGCGAAGAGAACGCACUCGGGCGAGGCAGAUCCCGCGGCCCGGCCGCGCGGCCGUCUCGUAGGUCGCCCCCAGGAGGCCCUCGGGACGCCGGUCAGGAUGAUGCUGCUCCCCGUGAAGCUGACCUUCCGGCGCCUGGCCUGUGCCUUGGCCUCCUGCCGUCUGGCUCCUGCAGGACACAGAGGAAGUGGCCUUCUGCACACAGCCCCCGUGGCCCCCUCAGACCGGACCGCCCCAGUGUUCACCCGCGCCCUGGGCUUUGGGGACAGAACUGCCGUGGUUGACCGGCACGGCCACCACACGUACGCGGAGCUUUAUUUCCGCAGCCUUCGCCUGUCCCGGGAGAUCUGUGGGCUCCGCAGGUGUGUUGGCGGGGGCCUCCGCGAGGAGAGGGUCUCCUUCCUGUGUGCCAAUGACGCCUCCUAUGUCGUGGCCCAGUGGGCCUCGUGGAUGAGUGGUGGUGUGGCAGUCCCCCUCUACAGGAAGCACCCUGCGGCCCAGCUGGAGUAUGUCAUCUCCGACUCCCAGAGCUCAGUGGUCCUUGCUGGCCAGGAAUACCUGGAGCUCCUGAGCCCUGUGGUCCGGAAGCUGGGGGUCCCGCUGCUGCCUCUCACACCAGCUGUCUACAGUGGAGCAGCGGAGGAAGUGGCAGAGGGGCCGGUCCCGGAGCAGGGGUGGAGAGACCAGGGUGCCAUGAUCAUCUACACCAGCGGGACCACAGGGAGGCCCAAGGGCGUGCUGAGCACGCACCGCAACCUUGGGGCUAUGGUGACUGGGCUGGUCCACAAGUGGGCAUGGACCAAAGACGACGUGAUCCUCCACGUGCUCCCGCUGCACCACGUCCACGGAGUGGUCAACGCGCUACUCUGCCCGCUCUGGGUGGGCGCCACCUGCGUGAUGAUGCCUGAGUUCAGCCCUCAGCAGGUUUGGGAGAAGUUCUUAAGUUCUGAAACGCCGCAGAUCAGUGUCUUUAUGGCAGUGCCCACCAUGUACGCCAAGCUGAUGGAGUACCACGACAGACAUUUCACCCAGACGCAUGUCCAGGAUUUCAUGCGUGCCGUUUGUGAACAAAAAAUCAGGCUCAUGGUGUCGGGCUCCGCUGCCCUGCCCCUCCCCGUGCUGGAGAAGUGGAAGAACAUCACAGGCCACACCCUGCUGGAGCGGUACGGCAUGACCGAGAUCGGCAUGGCUCUGUCCGGGCCCCUGAACCCCGCAGCGCGCGUGCCAGGUUCUGUGGGGACCCCGCUGCCAGGAGUGCAAGUGCGCAUUGUCUCAGAAAACUCACAGAAGGAAGGCGACGCCCACACUGUGCACGCAGAGGGAGACGAGAGGGGCACCAAGGUGACCCCAGGGUUUGAAGAGAAGGACGGGGAGCUGCUGGUGAGGGGACCCUCCGUGUUUCGAGAAUACUGGAAUAAACCAGAAGAAACUAAAAGCGCAUUCACCGGGGAUGGCUGGUUUAAGACAGGGGACACCGUGGUGUUUAAGGACGGCCAGUACUGGAUCCGAGGCCGGACCUCGGUGGACAUCAUCAAGACCGGAGGCUACAAGGUCAGCGCCCUGGAGGUGGAGCGCCACCUGCUGGCUCACCCCAGCAUCACAGAUGUGGCUGUUAUUGGAGUUCCGGAUAUGACAUGGGGCCAGCGGGUCAUUGCUGUGGUGACUGUUGGAGAAGGGCACUCACUGUCCCACAAGGAGCUCAAAGAGUGGGCCAGGAUGAACUCCUGGAGGACUUCCUGCUGUUCCUGGGACGGACCCUGCUUGGUUGUGUGUGCGCGUGUGGAGACUGAAUUAUUGUAUUUAAUCUGACUGUUGCUCCAGGUCCUUGGAGUCUUAUUUCCAAUUUCAAAACCCCAAAAGCUCUGAAAAUCAAAGGGUUUUUUGUUUUGUAAUGUUUGCAGUAAAUUAAUGCGUCCAAGAAGCCCAGGCUGCGUGGAGACGGCCCUAUCCAGUGUUUCCGGAGGCCUCAGUGGCAGCCCCGGGCAGAGGCUCAGCUCAGGGGUCCCAGAACCCUGUGGGCCACGUGCCUUUACAACACUGGAAAAGCUGUAUUCGACACACUUCGUGCCGGGGAUGCAGGAGCCACAUUUUAUUUAGGAUUUUGAAGGUGGAUAAAUUGGCGUCUAAGGCCUCUUUGUGGAGGAAGUGGGGUGUCUGAUUGCCGAUUCGGUGUCCUUAGGGCUGAGGUUUACUCAGGAUUUCUACUUCUGAGACAGUUGUGACAGCCUGCAUACAUUCCGCCCUGGCUUUCAGACCUGCUGACCCAGUCGCCUCGUCUCUCUGCUGUCGGGAACUCAGCGGGGCCUGUGCUCUCCCCAGAUCUGCGGCGUCUCAGCUGCAGGUGCUCUGUCUUCUUCAGGAACUCCUGUGGGCACCCCGUCCUCUCCCUGCCCUCCAGGGCCCUGAGCUCUCCUGCUGCAGGACGUGGACCCCCCUCGCUGGUUUCCCAGCCUCAGGCACCGCCAGGGUCGGCGUUUGCUUUGAGACAGGGUCCUUCUCUGUUGCCCAGGCUGCAGUGCAGUGGUGCAGUCGUAGCUCGCUGCAGCCUUGACCUCCUGCCUCAGCCUGAGUAGCGGGGACAGCGAGCAUGUGCCACCAGCCCCAGCUAAUUUUCUUCUUAAUUUGUAGCAACAGGGCCUCCAUUUGCUGCUGUUAUAUGUAAAUUUUAAUUGCCGGGAAAGAAGUAGCACCCAAAUAUAAAUUUUCUCACAGCAAGGCAGCUUCGCUUCUGCAGAAAGGGUACAGUCAACCGCAGUUUGCCCCAAGAGUACACGGAACAAAGGCGGCAAGGCCACUUACAUCUGACACAUCCACCCCGCUGGUGUGUCCUGAUCCACGGGCUGGGACUGGACCUCAGUGGAGGCUGCACCCGGUUGGCUCACAACUUAAGGCUUUUCUAAGUAGGUAAAGGCAGCGGAGAACAAAGGAACAGAGGGAGUCACUUAGAGGGGCAAAACUACCCCCAAAGAAGGAAGGGAGGCAAGCUACGAUCUCCACACGCAUGUCAGGCAAAUGUCUAGGUUAAAUUCUAAGAACCAGGAACGCUGGAUACACAUUUCUUUAUUAAGACUAACAACCAUUCAGGAGUGUCUGCAAAGGGUCUAGAGUAAAUUAACUUCUUAAAAAGCUCUUAUGUAUAAAGAACUGAGAGGAAAACUUUGAAGAGGGACUUUUUAUUUUUAUUUUCUGCAGUUACCCAGCUGGCCUGGGACUCCCGGGCUCAGACGACUCUCACCUCAGCCUGUAAAGUAUCUGGGGUCACAGCCGUGCACAGCUAACCUCUAACACUUCUUUUUUUGAGACGGAGUCUCGAUCUGUUGCCCAGGCUGGAGUGCAAUGGCGCAAUCUCGGCUCACUGGAACUUCUGUUUCCUGGGUUCAAGCGAUUCUCCGGCCUCAACCUCCGAGUAGCUGGGACUGCAGGCACGUGACACCACACCCAGCUAGGUUUUUUUAUUUUUGUAUUUUUAGUAAAGACAGGGUUUCACCAUGUUGGCCAGGCUGGUCUUGAACUCUUCACCUUGCCUCCCAAAGUGCUGGGAUUACAGGCAUGAGCCACCGCGCCCGGCCAACGUUUUAAAAUACUAUAAAAUCGGCAGGUUUUUUUUCCAACCAAGUUGAUAGCUUCUCACUCCAUGGAUCCCCCAAGGCCAUCCUCCAGGGCCCCGCGGAGUCCUCCCGCCAUCUUGGGAGGGCCUGUCGAGUCUCAAGUUCAUGUUGUUUACUAGCUUUUGUUUUACAGUCACUAAAUUUCCUAACGUUUUCCAACUUCUUGUCUCAAAGGACUUCAUUUUAAUAAACAAUAUUCUUUA